CGGCAACGCGAAGGAGGCAUCUAGCCGCCCUCAGCCUUGUGGGUUAACUUCUCCACCAGCUCUGGCCCAGUCCGUCCGCCACCACCGCCGCUGCCGCCGCUGCUGCCGCUGCCGCCUGAGGGUGAAGGAGUGAAGGGAGCCGCAGCCUUGGAGGGUGCAGCGAGGAGGAAGGGGAGGAGAGGGGAGGGGGGAGGGGAGCUGCGAGGCGACGGCGGCGACGUGGUCAGCGCCAUGCCGCUGUUUGGGCGCAAGAAGCCGAGCAGAGACGCAGACCGCCGCCUCCAGCUGCAGCUGUGUCUGGCAAAGGAGGCUGGGGCGGAUGACGUGUUGGACGCGUCACAGUGCGACCUCACAGAGAUCCCUUCCGCGGUGUAUUCGACAUGCAGGGUUCUGCAGAAGAAGGUCCUGAUCCUUCACACAAACUGUCUCACCUCUCUCACCAGUGGUGGAAACAUCUUGGACUUCUCUGGCUUGAAGGUGCUGGAUCUGCAUGCCAACAAGCUCAAGGCUCUGCCUGAAGAGAUGUGGCAACUCUCAGCUCUGCAGGUGCUGAAUGUCGAGGGCAACAAUUUGAUGGCGCUGCCCGAAUCCGUGGUUCGGUUGAGACAGCUGCAGACGCUCAACGUGCGGGAUAACAAGAUAUCGGAAUUGCCGAAGGAUCUGGACGGCUUGCAGAGUUUGAGGAACUUGGACAUCAGCCUCAACCAGAUCUCCAAACUUCCGCUCAGCCUGGCUCAUAUUCGCACGCUCGAGACGCUGCAGUUGGACGUGGGGAGGAUCUCCUUUCCGCCGCAGGACGUCGUCCGGCAGGGCACCGAGGCUGUCAAGCGCUUCCUGUGCGAAGAAUCCGGCCUCGAGUACUCCCCGCCGUCCCAGCACCUCUUGUCCGUCCUCACCGCGAGCCCCCAGCGCUGCCCCGACGUGACGGACAACGCCGAGCUCCAGCACAGCCUUCAGCAAGCCGCGUGGCAGGACAAAUUCAAGGAAUUUGAAAACAAAAAGGAGAUGCGGCGGAAGGAGCAGCUGGAGUUUGAGCGAGCGCUGGGCCAGCAGCACAUGGACAUGGCGCUGCUGGUGAACGACGCGACGCUGCAGAGGGAUGAGCUGCUGCACUCGGUCAAAGAGGGUCUGGCCGAGCUGGAAAGGGAAGUGGACGGGCAGCGACGGCGUCAGGACGCCACCCGCGUGCGGAUGACGGAGGAGCUCCUGCGCAUGGAGAAGAAGGCGGGCGACCUGGUGUCGCACAUCCUCAGCAAGAGAGACUGGUUCAAACAAAAGAAAGAUCUCCUGGAGGCCAUGGACAGAGAGAGGCUGGAAAUGGAGCUUCUGGUGUGCAUCACACAGGAGGAGACAUUGGCGCUGAGGAGGAACGACGUGGCUGCCGCCAUGCAGCAGAUGCUGAUGGAGGCCAAGUCCAACGAGCUGCUGAGGCAGGAGUACCAGCGGCAGAGGGACGAGCUGUGUGACCAGGCCGCCAGCAGUUUGACAGAGCAAGAAGAGAAGUUGCAGUGCGUGGUCAGUGGAAGGCAUGACAGGCAGAAGCAGGCGAUCGCCAGCAUUCUGCAGGAGGAAUUAAUACAAAAGGAGGCGUUUGAAAUGCUCCAGCUACAACGAGAUGCUUGGCACUCCAGGAUACGGAAUCAGAUCGGUCUCAUCGAGCAGGAGUUGCUUCACAUCUCUAUGCUGGAGAUGAAGAGGAAGGGUCAGGACCAGGAGCAGAUGCAGGGGGUGCUGGUGGAGGAGCGGCAGGCGCUGGGGGACCUCCUGCACCAGCUGCUCAAGGAGAAGGGAGCACGGGAGCUACAGCUGCAGGAUCUGCUCGAGGAGAUGGAGAAGAAGCGCGAGGAGGACUCGAUGGACUACUGGCUCGUGCAGUACCAGCGCCUGAUGCAGUCCAAGCCCCAGCCUUUGCGGUUGCAGGAGUCGUUACUGGACGUCGGGCUGCAGGAGCUCCUCACCGAGACUGGGUCCCCAGGCCUGAUACCCCUGUUCGCUCGCCAUCGCGUUUCCUUGGCCGCCCUGGCGGCGAUGAUGCACGAGGAUCUGAUUGCGAUGGGGCUUGCGGACGAGGAGGUCCGUGUGGCGCUGAUUAAGGGGGCCCAGCAGAGGGUCGAGUCGCAGGCGAAAUUGGGUCCUUCAGCGUUGGCGAGCGCCACCUUCGCCAGCCUGCCCGCGUUUGCCACGGGGAGGGCGCCGGUCGAGCCGACGGCCCCGGCUGUGCCGGAGUGGCCCUCUCCCACGUGGACGCCGCCGCCGCUCUCCCCGCUGCCGCCGCUGUCUCCCUCGCCCUGGGCCGAGCAGGCCGAGUGCGUGGUGUGCAUGGAGCGCAAGCCGGAGACGGUGUUCCUCACCUGCGGACACGUGUGCUGCUGCGCCGCUUGCGGGGCGCUGCUCACCUCCUGCCCCCUCUGCCGCGCCGACAUUCAGAGCCAAGUGCGGCUCUACAGGCUCCUCUGACGUGACCACGCCGUUGCCCCGGCACACCCCUCCCUCAAUCCCCUACUACCCCCCUCGCCUCGUCCACUGUCGCCUCUACAACCUCCUCUCAAAACCAUCUUCCCCUCUCUUCUAAACCCUGGCCACCCGACCCUGUCCCCCAACCUUCCGUCUCGUGAUGCCCAGCUCUAAGCAUCGUCUCUUCAUCCGAAACAUUUGCCCCCAGACUUUAAAACCCCUCUCCCUAACCCUAGACUUUCUCUCAUAACCAUGACCCUAUGCCCAACCACAGAUUCCGAGCCCUUAACCACAAGUCCGGCUUUAACUUCCCAAUCAUCAGCAUGGUUUUAUAAUCCGAACGUUAACCCUACCUUUUAAUCUUCACGCUAAUCCUAACCCCAUCCACUAACUCCGAUCCCCUAGCGUCUGCUUGUAACUUCACCGCCAAACAAUAAAUUAGCCCUUGCCUCUGUUUGUUCUAACCGUUAUCCUAACCUUUAACAAUGUCUCUUAAUCCUGAACGUUUAACCCCAAUUUCUAAUACUAAUUCAGCAAAAAAGUUUUGUUAUCCGGCAUUCCAUGGGGAACGGAGGGUGCCGGUUAAUGAAAUAUGUCGGUCAUCUCAGAGUUCUACUUACGGUUCACCACAUUUUCCAAGUGCGUACAACUUUUCAGGAAAUAAACUAAGCCUGCAUUUUAACGACAAUAAGAUAAAUAAUUCACUCAGAGGCGCGGAUCCAAGCUCGGAGUCGUUCGAAAGCGUGGUUGUAGAGGUGAGUUUUUACGUGUCUCUUGAAGGAGACGAUUGAGGUGAUGCUGCGAAUGUGCAGAGGGAUGACGGCGUUCCAGACUAUUGGGGCAGCCACCGAGAAGUGGCACAUUGACGUGACCGUCCUGGAUGUUGGUAUCAAGAGGAGGUCGUGAGUCGCGCUGCGCAGGCAUCUGCCGUGUGCUGAGCUGCACGUUCACACGAAGCAAUCGUGGAAUCUCUGCAGGGUGGCACGGUGGUAACGCCUGCGUGCCGAGUUCUCUUCCAGAAUCGGGGUGCCAUUUUGUGUGGAUCUUGAUUUGAAGAUUUCGUGACUGCAGGAAUCCAAACUCUUUGGUUCUUUCAGUAAAGUCACGUAGGUAGAAAAAUAAAAUAAAAUAAAAAAAUAAUCUAUCACGACGUUUCGAUCGCAACACAAGCGAUCGUCCUCGGGCAGACAAAAUUAUUCAGCAGUAGAACUGCUGAACCGAGUUCUGUCUGGUUCAGCAGUUCUACUGCGGCGUGUUCUGUCUGGUUAAGCAGUUCUGCUGCGGGAUUAUUCGUGAUAUAUGUUUUAUUUUAUUUUUCUACCUACGUGACUUUACCGAAAGAACCAAAGAGUAUUCUGCGUGGAGAUUGUAUGUGUUCUGUCUCCCCCUGUUCUGCAUGGAUUUCCUCCGUGUUUUCUACGGUAUCCUCCCAGAGCUAAAAAAAAUACAAUGUCACUACUGGUAUUGGUCAAAGCAUCCCAAUGCUGAACAUUUCAGUGAAAAUGACUGAAUUGAGAGUGAACAUAGCAACAUCACCCACGACUGUGAAAACUUGGCAUGGCCCUCCUGAAAGAGUCUUCAGAGGUUUUCCUGGCCAAACAAUCAUCAUUGAUGAUCAAUAAUCCGCUGCUGGAUGAAGGCCUCAACGGACUAUCAUAUAAAACUAAACUUUUUAUUUAGCCAGGUAAGGCCCGCUGAACUAUACAGCACUCUUUCGGAAGUGACGAUAGCUUCACAAAGUGACUUAUCACGUGGAAAUAGAAAGCCGCCAAGUACUCUAAAUGCACGCUUCUAAGUGUGGAGGGAAAACCCGUAGGACCCAGAGAAAAAUCCACGCCAACAGGGAGAGAGAACAUGCAAACUCGUCAUGUACAGGCGUCAGGAUUGGGAUCAAACCCAUGAAAACCUGUAUACCAGGUGAGGUAGUUAACAUCUGGCCACUGUGGUGCCCCUCCAAACUCUCCAGAUCCGCUCCAGAUUCUCAGUGAGACCCCUUCUUGGAUACACAGGUUCAAUAAUAAUAAUUCGUAAUUGUGGCCUACUGCAUGCAGUUGAGAACACGUGGGUUGGCUUUGGACCUUUGCUAGCUGACAUUAUAAAGGUGUACUGUGAUUGGUUGGUAACGCGUUAAUGUUGUGCACCUGAUGUGCAGCUGAAUUACAAACAAGAGCAGACUUCUUCUUUUGUCUUCUAUAGCCCGAGGAGAUUACAAUUAAUUGUUUUAAAAAAGCACCUUGGUUUUAACUUGUGUAAAUGCCAUGCAGGUUUAAUUAUUCAAAUGGUUUUUACUUUGAACUAAAAUAAAUAGCACUCCCUUUUUGCUGUUUUGAUGGCCUGAAUAGUGGGCAGCAGUUGCUCGCCUGGUUUAAGAUCGAACUUGGGCUGUGUAUUGGGUGUUCACCAAUGUUUUAAUCGGACACCGAUCUGCCGCCGUAACGAAUAGCACGGUUGGCUACGUACGGCGCGAACGGAGUUCGACGUACACACAUGCAUACACACAAUAUAAAAAUAAAAUGCCACAUUCACGCUGCCUCAUCGGUUCCAACGGAAACACGCCGCGUUUCAGCCACUGGCCCUCUGGGUCUCUGGUGAAUGCCUACUCCGCAACCGUUGCCACCGAUUUGUAUUUAAACGGCGAAUGAUAGCGUUUGCACGCAGUGGUGUCGGCGGCUUCACCUUGGGAGUGCAACGCAACGAAUUCAAAAACGAAACCGCACAUGAAGAGCCGCACUUUUAUCUUUUCAGCUCCUCUCUCUCUCUUCCUCUGUCUUACAUCGCCACGUCGCAGCCUUCGUGGGUUUCCGCGCACCCGACUCUCCGCCGCUCCUGUCGCCGUGAUCGUCCCCUCCUCGUCACUGCCUUGCACGCCGCACGCGUAUUUCCUUUUCUCAUUCUCAGUUCGUCUCGAAUCUCUGUGAAUAUGUAAUAACGUUUGAUCCGAUUUGUGAAGGAUUGAGCCUCUUUUUUACGUUACUUCAGGUCGUUUUUUUUACAACACAAAUCGCUCAGCAGGCAUGACCGGUUUGCUUUUAAAACCAGGUUUCAACUCGGCCAAGGAAAUGAUGCGUUGAGUACACGCACGCGUUUUGUGCGCGUGCUUUUACCAUGAAUCGUGUCUGGGGGGUGCAGAACUCCCCCCCCCCCCCCCCAAGGUUAUGGCAGAGCCUCGCUUCCCGUCAGGGACCGGGAAUGGGCCCCCGGAAGAUGACUACAGAACUACUCCCGGAGUCACUUUAACUUUGCCUCUCACGCGGUAGUUUUUACGGCGCUUGGGCGGCUUGCCGUGUGUGUCAGUUGUUGACGGGUGCGUCUUAGAGAUCGGUCGGGCCGAAGCAUUUAUUUUUUAAAUAGAACCACGGUCAAACAAUCGUUUGUGAUACAAUUAAGUCGCUGCAUUUGUGGGCCUCUUUAAUUAAGGGUGGCCGAAAGCCAGCUUCCGACUGUAGUUCAACAGUGAUGACAUUGUGGUGUGAUGAGACCACUCUGAACUUGCUGAACCACGUGGUCACCGUAAACCCCAUUGAGUCACGUGGCCACCAUCUGCACCCAUUGCUGCUGCCAAUGACGACCAGUUGUAGAAUCUCCUCAGUCAACCAGACAUCAGCUACAGUGCUCGAUUGCAUUGGUGGCACUGAGCCAUUGGUGACAAAUUCCACAUUCCUAAAAGCUUGCAGGCUGAUUUUUAAAGGCCACCGCCUGGCUUGAUGGAAAUACGCGGUCUGGUACGCCUUUAUAUACUGGUAAAGCCGGUAGAGAAUUUCUGAGGAAAAAUUGAGCACAAGUCUGGCAAGUACCCGUUCUGUUUUUUUGGCAACAGUCUGCAGAUGUGUUCUUAAUCGUUGCAAAGCCACGUCAGAACGACGCAGCCGUGAGGCGUGCUGGGGACUUCUCAAACACGGGUGGAAACUUUUCUCACGUAAAAAAAAGCACACACACUUCGUUGCACGUAUUUGCAGUUGCAUAUUGCAUGUUGGCUUAUACUGUGUGUGUGGGGCUGUGCUGAAAUUGCUUCCAAUAAACCUGUACCUGCGGGUCAAA